CCGGUCCCGCCUAUGGGCGCCGGGCGCGCCAGCUACGCCGCUGGCCAUUGGCGCGAGCCGGCCCGCCCCAGCCAAUCCCGGCCGCGCCCGCCGCAAGAUGGCGGCGCGGCGCCGAGCGGACCGAGCGCUCCCGCCAUGUUGGCGCUCAUGGCUGCUCGCCAGGCCGGGCUGGACGACCCCGCGCGGCUGCGCCGGGCCGAGCGCACCCGGAGGGUUCUAAGUUUGGAAUUAAAUAAAGACAGAGAUGUGGAAAGAAUACAUGGAAGUGGUAUCAACACCCUUGAUAUUGAGCCUGUUGAGGGAAGAUACAUGUUAUCUGGUGGAUCAGAUGGCGUUAUUGUACUUUAUGACCUUGAAAACUUGAGCAGGAAACCAAGUUACACAUGUAAAGCACUUUUUUCUGUUGGAAGGAGCCAUCCUGAUGUACAUAAAUUCAGUGUGGAGACAGUCCAGUGGUAUCCUCAUGACACUGGCAUGUUUACAUCGAGCUCAUUUGACAAAACCUUGAAAAUAUGGGAUACAAAUACUUUACAACCUGCAGAUAUAUUUCACUUUGAGGGAACAGUCUAUAGCCAUCACAUGUCUCCAGUCGCUACAAAGCAUUGUUUAAUAGCAGUUGGUACCAAAAGCCCCAAAGUACAGCUCUGUGACUUGAAGUCUGGAUCCAGUUCUCACAUUCUGCAGGGUCACAGACAAGAAGUAUUGGCAGUGUCUUGGUCCCCACGUCACGAAUAUAUUUUGGCAACAGGAAGUGCUGAUGGCAGAGUAAAAUUGUGGGAUGUGAGGAGAGCUUCUGGGUGUCUGAGUACACUUGAUCAGCACAAUGGGGAAAAGUCCAAAUCAUCUUCUGAGGCAGCAAAUACUGCUCAUAAUGGGAGAGUUAAUGGUUUAUGCUAUACAAAUGAUGGACUUCAUCUGCUAACCAUUGGAACAGAUGAUCGGAUGCGACUCUGGAACAGCUCCACUGGAGAAAACACCUUAGUGAACUAUGGGAAAGUCUGUAAUGAAAGUAGGAAAGGACUCAAAUUUGCCAUUUCUUGUGGCUGUAAUCCAGAGUUUGCCUUUGUUCCAUAUGGAAGUACCAUUGCUGUAUAUACGGUUUUCACAGGAGAACUGAUAACUAUGCUUAGAGGGCAUUAUAGUACUGUCAACUGCUGUGUAUUUCAACCUCAUUUUCAGGAACUUUAUAGUGGUAGCAAAGACUGCAAUAUCCUUGCAUGGAUACCAGCUCCACGAGAGGCAGUUCCUGAUGACAUUUCUGAAAAGUGUCUGCCUCAACAACAUUUAAAUCCAGCAUAUGAAGAUGCAUGGAGCAGCAGUGAUGAUGAAGGUUGAAUUUAAAUUAUGAGCUGACAUAAAAUUGACAUUCAGGCACUGCAUUCACAGACUUUAUCUACAGAAUUUAACAUUGUUGGAUUAAUCACAACUGGAUUUUAGGUACAGUUCUGUUAGAGCUUGGUCUUUCAGAAAUAAGUUUCCACUGUUCUCUGUGUUUCUUUGUCACUGUAAAGUUAAAUCCAAAGGAUUACUUUUUCAUACUUGCUGACUUUUGUACUUAAAUAUUUUGUACAUACACAUUGGUAUACUUUAUUCAGUGUUGAACAGGUGAUAAAGAAAAAAUAAAAGCCCUUGGGACCAGUCAAAAUUA